GUGCUAUUCACAGUUCGUGCUCCGAUAAGAGUAACAAUAUUAUCAUAACUGUUACUGCCAUUUAGAAGUCUGAAAUCGGUACAUACAGAUCGAAGAUGAAGUUAAAAGUACUCCAAAUUUUCAUACUAUUUGUUUUAAAUUCGCCACUUGGCCACUCGAGAGACGCUCAGAAUGCAGACUACAUUCAAUCAAAAAGGAAAAACUUCAUCACGGACUUCAUACGAUACGCGAAGGCCGACCAUGCAAACAUGGAGAUGAUCACGGAUUUCAUCCAUGACUCGCUAGAUCCACAGGCUUUAGUUGAGAUAAUUCGGGGUUAUGGGAAGACGAAUAACAAUAGUUUGGCUCUGAAUAUAGCAAAGUUUAUACCCAAGGCUCUAGAUCUCUACGAGAAUUUGAGAAGUCCAAACAGCACUUUUCCUAAAAAUCGGUGUUCGAGGGCGAUCAAGAUUUGGUUUGAACGGUUGAAAGUUUGGGAUGAAUGGGCUCUGAGUAUGUUGGAUGCAAAUGCCAAACCUCAGACAGGCCUUUUGCAAGGAAACAUCGUGGAAGUUGGGAAUAUAGAUGAAUGUGCACAGAUUAAAGCCACUGUGGGAAAUGAAACUAUUAGAGGAAAAUAUUGCUCAACGGUUGGUAACACCAAGAGAAUAUAUAAGUUAGUUCUGCCGGAUAACAUGAUGGUAAAAGAUGUGGACUUUUCAUACGGUUUGUGCAUACCUGACGUAUGCAAUGAAGACGAAAUUAACGAAAUAGUGCAUUAUAUAUCAGAUUCGUUGGAAAUUCCAUUUUAUCUCCAUUUCAUAGAAGACUUUUGCUUCGUGGAACAAACAAAGCCAUUGUCUACGAACGACAUGCUAGCGAUUGCAUUUUUCACAGUUACUGGAAUAAUAAUGUUUCUGAGCACCGUCUACGACAUAUUUAUAUUCCAGAGAAGAAAAGAAAGCGGCAAGCAAUUCAGCAUGCUCAUAGUCUUCUCUGUAUACACGAACAUGAAAAAAAUAACAUCCACUAAGAAAACAGAAAACGACUUGACCUGUUUAAAUGGGAUGAGGGUAAUAAGUAUGAUGUGGAUUAUUUUAGGCCAUUUGUACGGAAUUGUUUUGAUGAUGCCCAAAGCAAACUUCCUUGAUUUUCUUAAGGUCCACGAAUCAAUUGAAGGAGCUUUUCCAAUGGCAGCAAAUUUAGCGGUGGACACAUUCUUUGCAAUUGGCGGUCUUUUGGUAUCCUAUGCGUUUUUGACCUUAGAAGACAGGAAAAUUAGUAUAAACUUUUUCUGGUUCUAUCUUCAUAGAUUCAUAAGACUUACUCCUUCCCUGUUAGCCUUGAUCAUAUUUAGCGUCACACUUAUGGACAGAAUGGCAUACGGACCAUUUUGGACAUUAGCCGUUUACAAGAUCAAAAACACUUGUAUCAAAAAUUGGUGGUCAACUAUGUUGUACAUUCAAAAUUACGUGAAUCCAACGAACAUGUGUUUGAGUCACACCUGGUACAUAGCAGUUGACAUGCAGUUCUGCAUCAUUACCCCACCACUGUUGAUAAUGUUGAGAAGAAAACCAAAACUUACCCUGUCCUUUGUAGCCCUAAUGGGAGUGUUGAGCUGCACAGCAUUUUUCAUUUUAACUUGGUUUUAUGACAUAGGACCUUCUGCUGUAGGGUUUACUGACGUCGUCUUGAAGUACGUCUAUGUUACUCCACAUACUAGAGCUUCUACGUGGAUGAUAGGAUUUUUGUUUGGCUAUGUGUUGCAUAAUUUCAAAGGCAAACCACUGAAAUUAGCUACGUUUACCAAAACGAGUUCCUGGGUUGUGAUCAUGUCAGUAAUGAUUGGCCUUGUUCUUUAUCACAAACGGUUCUUGAACCAAGGCCCUUGGCCUCUUCUAGAAACAGCCCUUUUCAAUACUCUAACGAGGCCAUUAUGGAGCAUUGCGCUUUGUGGCAUCAUUUUUUUGUGUGUCUCUGGACACGGAGAUGUUAUUAACUCGUUUCUGUCCAAACCAAUAUUCUCCAUUCUGAUACGUUUGAAUUAUAACGUAUAUUUAACUCACGUAAUAGCUUUGGUAUAUACAUAUGGAUCCUUCAAGACGCCAUACUUUGGAGAAACGGGCAGAGUGCUAAUCGAUUUUUGGAGUAUAUACGCCUUAACGCUCGUUAUGGCAUUGAUAUGGACUCUGGCCUUCGAAAGUCCAUUUAUUGCCAUAGAACGAAAUUUGAGAAAAAAAAACGGGAAGAGCGAAGAAAGUGUGAAGGCUAAUAAUCACACUCCAGUGAACAACGCAUGAUGAUAAGUUUACAAAUGGCAAAUAUCAACUUCGUACUAAAUCUAGAAUAUAUUUUUAAUGGCCUAUAAAACCACAUGUAUUGACAGAUCUAUUUUACUGUAGUAAAUGUAUCAAUAACAAAUGUGAUCCUCUUCAGUGCAAUGACAGGUAACAGUUUGUUUUUUCUUUUCAAUAUUACAUUCCUAUGCAAUGUGUUACUCGAACAGUCUAAAAGUCCCGUAACAUGUUGGGAUUGAGCGAAGUCAUUCCGAAUUUUAAGAUGGCAUCGCGCAAAACCAGCAUAGCCCAGGACCGCCUUUAUAUUAUCCAGCCCUCCAAAACGACAAGCGAGUUUGAGGCUAUCUGUUCUUUUGUACCAGAUACGUCUCCCUCGUCCAUAAUUAUACUCGCUUGUCAUUUUGGACGGCUGAACGUAGUUUUUUGGGAACGUGAAUGCCUAUCCCAGGAGGCCUUGAGCUAUGCUGGUUUUGCAUAGUGCCAUCUUAAAAUUGAGAAUGGUGAGUUGACGCAAUCUCAACAUGUUCCCGAAGUUUCAGACUAUUGUAGUAACACACUGUAUAGCAAUGUGAAAAUGAAACGAAAAACAAACGAACUGGCAUCUGGAAGACAUACUAUAUAAAUCAAAUGAUUGAAACGUUUACUACAAGGCUGCGUUCUUAAAUUGUUUGACGUACCUGUUCCAUGCAUCCGGAAAUAGAACAAAGUAAUCCUUCUGGAACGUCAAAAGUACGCUUUCUACCCGUACUCAAAACCUUGAGAAUAAGACUGUCUUUCUCAUGGUUCAUUAUUUGUUUACUUUAUUUGGUUAGAAGACACAGUGCUUAAAUUUUUUAAAUAUAUAUUUUCACGAUAACUGGAUAGCAUUUCUCAUGAUAAAUAUAAUGGUCGCAGUAAACGUGGUUAGAAAUUAGUCGGCUGUCAUCAAGUGUGGUUACAUGACUGUAAUAAUUUAUGCGGUCUAAAAAUAAAGUUUCAUUACAUUCCAUUACUGUGUAAUUUACAUUACCAAGUGAUUUGAAAACGCACCUCAGAAAAAAGAUCUGUCAAUACAUGUGGUUUUAUUGGCCAGACAAGCAUGAGGAAUUAUCGACAUGUAAACCACAGAAUAAGUUUCAGAUAUUACAAUUUUGUCUUUUUGUUUGAUAGUAAUGUUUUGUUUAUAACUUUAUACGACCAAGAAAUAAAUACAAUAAAAAUAAAAUA